CCUGGUGCAGUUAAGAAUUUAAGGAUUAGUAAUGUCAGCACUAGCUUACUUUCUCUCAGCUGGUUACCACCAGCUGGAAACGUUGGAAGUUACAGAAUUGAUGUUACUGGAUCCACAGUGAUGAAUGUGACCACAAGUUUGACAUUUGCUAAUCUAACUGGACUAACACCUGGAAGCAUGUAUACCCUCCAAGUUGUGGCCUUGGCUGAGGACAAUGUGACUGAAGGAGAUGGAGUGGCAAUCACGGGUUUCACAAAGCCUGAUGUGGUUAACAAUUUGGUGAUCAUUAAUAUCACCACUAGCUCCCUUUCUCUCAGCUGGACACCAUCAAAUGGCAACAUUGGAAGCUACAUAGUUAAUGUUACUGGAUCCACAGUGAUGAAUGUGACCACAACUUCGGCAUUUGCUAAUCUAACUGGACUAAUACCCGGAAGCAUGUAUACCCUCCAAGUUGUGGCCUUGGCUCAGGACAAUAUGACUAAAGGAGAUGCAGUGGUAAUCGCAGCAUUCACAAAACCCAGCACAGUUAGCAAUUUAAAUAUUGGUAACAGCAACACUACCUCCAUUUUUCUUAGCUGGUCACCACCCAGUGGAAGUGCAGCCAGCUACAGAGUGGAAGUCACUGGAGUGUCUGUCACUAACAUGACCACUAACUCAGCCUUUGCUACUGUGACUGGAUUGACACCAGGGAGCAUGUAUACACUGAAUGUUUUGGCCUUGGCUGGGGACAGUGUGACGCAAGGAGAUCCAGUAACAAUUACAACUUAUACAAAACCCGGUACAGUUAGCAAUUUAUAUGUCUCUGACAUCAAAAGUACCUCCAUUUCUCUCAGCUGGUCUCCCCCAGGUGGAAAUGUGGCCAGCUACAAAGUGGUAGUUACUGGAGCAACAGCCACCAAUGUAACAACAGCCUCAAACUUUGCUAUUGUAACUGGACUAACACAAGGGAGCAUGUAUACACUGAAGGUUUUGGCCUUGGCUGGGGACAAUGUGACACAAGGAGAUGCAGUGACAAUAACGGCUUAUACAAGUAAGUUCUGCUAG